AUCUCAACAUCGCACCGAUAUGAUGCGCGCACAUGCACAUUGACAUGUAGCCGGUCUUUUUUAAUAUUGUAUUCGAUCGAUGGAGAAUUCGCGGGGUGAGCCGAUGUUAACCGGUUGGAUAGUAGAUGAACCCGGGCGCGCAUUCACGAUAGCACAAAAUAAUGCGUCGACGACCGGCGGCUCCGUCGCACAUGCGCGUCAUCCUGACAACACUAUUCUAAGGGCCACCGAUUUCGAUUUUAGUCAUUCCCGGGUUCGGCUUGAGGGAAAAUCGUUUUCUCGUUCAGUGAAAAAAUUGAAAAGAAAAGCUCGACAAUUGCAAUUAUUUUUUUUUUUAUCUCAAAAAUUUAAUCAAUAAUCAAAAAAAACGUGAAUUGAGAUAUUUUUUUGACAAAAAUUGAUUUUUAUUUAUUUUUGUUUUAGUCAAUAAGUGUUUGACGAGAAUGGAAAAAGAUAAACCAUAUAUACAGUAAUGUAGUUGUUAUUAAUUUUUGAUGAAAAAAAUUUUUUUAGUUUGUGUAUAGAGGAAAAGAGAAAAUCGAAGUGCGUCGAAUGUUUAAAGUGAGAACGAGUCGUCAACGUCGUCAUAUUUCACACACAUAUAACCGGCAAAAGCUCGAGGGAGAGGAAAGAAAGAGAGAUAGAAAAGAGGGGGAGAAACUGUGACAAGAGAGGGAAAUCAACCCCAAACUUUAGGAGAGAGGAAAAACAAUUCUGUCGUAUUCAAAUUUGAGAGGAGAAAAAUAUUUCCUGCAAUAUUAAAAAAAAUAUUUAUUGAGAAAAAGAAAUUUUCAUCUACGGGUGUGCCUGUCGAGAGAAAAGUGGCGGGGUUGACAAUGAAACAAGAACCAGAAGAAGAGGAGGAUUUAUUAGAGGAAGGUUUACAGCCAUCAUCGCCAACUGGUCUAGGUCAUCGAGUACGUUCACAUUCACGAAGUCUUCGAGCAAUGGCUAAUCCAAGUGCCGUUUGGGCACACUUUGAUCUUUGCACAAAUGAUCCUUUAAGAGCACAAUGUCGAAUUUGUGGGGCCGUUGUUGUUCGUGGCGGUGCUAAUCCACGACAAUGUGGCACAACAAAUUUACAUCGACAUUUAAGAGUUCAUCAUGGUGGUAGGCUCAUUGGAAGAAGAUACCAUGUAUUACAAUCGCAACAAAAAGAAAAGUCUUCGUAUUCCACGAAAUCAAUAAGAGUACCAACGCAAUCAUAUACGAAACAAAUGAGAAAUAUUGCCCCAGCAAAUCUUACAUCGAGUUCUACUAAUCAACAAGGACAACAACAACAGCCAAAGACUUUAGUAUUGAAGACAAUUCCUCUCAAGGUCAAACAAGUCGCACCAACUACUAUCAAGAUGCCCCCUCGACAAACAACACAAGGAGUUCCACAAAAUACAGUUCCUCAACAAGCAGCUGAAGUCUGUUUGAGAUGGAACAGUUAUCACAGUAAUAUGCAAAAUAGUUUUCCAUCGCUAUUGGAUUCAGAACAAUUUGUCGAUGUAACAUUGGCGUGCGAGGGUCGUUCAUUAAAAUGUCAUAAAAUGAUUCUUUCGACCUGCAGCGAUUAUUUGGCAGAAUUGCUACGUGAAAAUCCAUGUCAGCAUCCAAUUAUUUUAAUGAAGGAUCUCAAAUUCUGGGAAGUUGAGGCACUAGUCAAAUUCAUGUAUCGUGGGGAAGUAAAUGUGGCGCAUGAAAAAUUACCUCAACUUCUAAAUGCUGCAGAGGCACUACAAAUUAAAGGAUUAGCCGGACCAUCAUCACAGAAUUCACGUCCACCUUUAUUGAUUCCACCGACAAAAUCACAAUCAAUUAGUAUGCGAUUACCUGAAACCAAAGAAAAUAGACCAUCAACAUCGUCUGGCGUUUGUACAACACCUUCUAGUCCAAAACGAGGUCAAAAACGUCAAACUUCCGAUACAAUGGAAUCAUCGUCGAGACCAUUUACAAAAAUACGUCUUCAACGUCCCAGUCCUCCAAUAUCACCAAAUGCGACAGUUAAACUAGAACCACUUGACAUACCAUUGAGUCCAAGUGCAAUGUUCUCGGAUAAUAAUCUAAUGGGUCUUCACGAAGAAGACGAUCCUGGUGGAAGUAUUCAAGAUUCUGAUGAUCGGGACAUGAAUUUUGGUAAUAUUGACGGUCCUCCCGAUUUAACAGACGGUGAGGAUCAAAUGGAAUUUGUGCCAACUGACUUUUUAGACCAGGAACAUGAUAUUGUCGAGGAUAUUGAACCGGAUACUUGUUUAAGUGAACGUGAAGAAUCGAGAAAAUCGGAAAAUAGCGAAGAUUGUGACACUUAUCAAAUUGAUAUUAAAGAGAAAUUUGAUAAAAAGGAUAAAUUCGAAGAGAUCGAUAAAUCACCAACGGAAAAAUUUAUGACUAUAAAAAAAGAUAAAGUGUGACAAAGAAUUUAAAAACUAGAUUCGAAGAUAUUUUUUUUUUUAAACAAAAAUUGCAAAUAAGCUAAAGAUUUUAUCUCGUUUUUUUAAAUCUUUUCUAAAAAAAAAGUACCAUUUUUUUUUUAAUUUUUCUUUUUUCUACAAAGAAAAUGCGAAUCGAACUAUGUUGACUAAAACAUAUUUUGCAUUUAGUUUCUUAAAUGAAUUUCAUGCUUAAAAUUUGUGUGUAGUUGUAUUUACUUAAUUAUUUAAAAAAAACGCCACACGUUUCUGAAUCUAUAUUAAUUAUAGAAAUAAAAAUCUGUUAAAAAAAAAACUAAAAGUUUAUCGUCAGUUACUGACGAUCAGAAAGUACAUGUACAUUGUAAUAAUAAAGCAAUAUAUCUUAUAAAUAAAUAAAUAUAUAUAGAACAGGGGAA